AUGGAGCAGCAACUCGAGGUGAGUCGACUAAACAUCCAGCAGAGAAUCCAGGACAGAGAGAAAGAUGUGAAGCUGCUUCAACAGGAGGUGGAGGCCGUCAGUCACUCUGCUGAUAAAGCAGUGGAGGACAGUGAGAAGAUCUUCACUCAGCUGAUCCGUCUCCUCCAGAAAAGAAGCUCUGAUGUGAAGCAGCAGAUCAGAUCCCAGCUGGAAACUGAAGUGAGUCGAGUCAAAGUGCUUCAGGAGAUGCUGCAGCAGGACAUCACUGAGCUGAAGAGGAAAGACGCUGAACUGAAGCAGCUCUCACACACAGAGGAUCACAACCAGUUUCUACACAACUACCCCUCAGUGUCACAACUCAGUGAACCUGACUCACCCAGCAUCAAUAUCCGUCCUCUGAGAUACUUUGAGGAUGUGACAGCAGCUGUGUCAGAGCUCAGAGAUAAACUACAAGACACUCUGGGGAAUGAAUGGACAAACAUCUCACUGACAGUGACUGAGGUGGAUGUUUUACUGCCACAUCCAGAACCAGAUCCUAAGACCAGAGCUGGAUUCUUAGAGUAUUCAUGUGAAAUCACUCUGGAUCCAAACACAGCACACGCAUAUGUGUCACUAACUGAGGGGAACAGAAAAGCAACAUCCUCAGGUCAAAAUCAGAAGUAUCCUAGUCAUCCAGAAAGAUUCACCACAUGUCUUCAGGUCCUGAGUAGAGAGAGACUGACUGGACGUUGUUACUGGGAGGUUGAGUGUAAAGGGGGUGGAGUUCAUGUAGCAGUAGUAUACAAGAAUAUCAGCAGAGCAGGUACCAGGAAUAAAUGUGGAUUUGGAUAUAACAACAAAUCUUGGGCUUUACAUUGUCAGGGUUCUCUACAUUUACAUGACGGUAUUACAACUACUGUCCCUCUUCUUCGGUCCUCCAGAGUCGGCGUGUACCUGGAUCACAGAGCAGGUGUUCUGUCCUUCUACAACAUCUCUGAUCAUAAAACCAUGACUCUCCUCCACAGAGUGCUUACCACAUUCACUCAACCUCUCUAUGCUGGACUUUGGUUUUUAGAUUAUGGAGACACUUCUGAAUUCUGCAAACUCAACUAA